AUGUCGAAAGAACUCAUUUUCAUUACCGGAGCCACCGGUUUUAUUGGCAGUGCCACAGCUGUGGAAGCCCUUAAGCACGGAUAUCGAUUGAGAAUAUGCCUUCGCAAACCUUCACCGCAGCUGGAGACUUUGCUAUCGGCAUAUAGCGAGCAAAUCGAAAGUGUUAUAGUCCCCGACAUCACCGAUGAAACAGCAUUUGAAGGAAAGUUAGAGGGCGUGGACUACGUAUUCCACCUUGCAUCGCCUCUGCUUCAUGGAACAAACAAGGAUUCAUACUUUACUCCAGCUGUCAAAGGAACCACCGCGUUGCUGAAAGCAGCGGCAAAUGUGUCUUCCAUCAAGAAAGUAGUGGUCACCUCGUCCAUUGCGGCUUUGAUUCCCUUGACUGGAAUUCCAGAUGGCGGAGUUAUCAAAGGUAUGCUCAUCUUUCUGAGAAUGAAAGUCUUUAUUAACCGCAGUGUUGUAGAGGAUAAUGACUGGGAUUUCUCGGUCGACGAGAAUGGAUCUUUCGAGGACCCCGAAAACCCAGCCGGGACAGCCAUGCGAUUGUACGUCGCCUCAAAGCUCCUGGCAAACAACGCAACCUGGGACUUAUGGAGAGCGGCCAAGCCACACUAUGCGCUGGUGACGCUUCACCCUGCGUUUGUGUAUGGGCACAAUCUUGUCCAGACCUCAGCCGACGGGGUUUACACGGGCUCAAACGUCAAUUUGUGGACUCUCAUCAUGCAAGAUAAGCCUGCCCCUCUGACUGGUGUGCACAUCCAAGAUGUGGCGGAAGCUCAGAUCAAAGCACUUCACCCGAAUAUCGCGGAUGGCUCGAAGUAUCUUCUCGCUGGACCGAAGGCGACAGCAGCAGAUAUUGCAAGUAUCAUACAAAAGCAUUACCCCGAGGCCGGUGCUUUGAUCAACGACCAAUCUCAGGGGAUGCUCAUGCCGACCGAUACAACUAAGGCCGAGACGGAGCUUGGGAUUCAGUGGCGCUCGUACGAGCAGAUGGUGCGGGAGAUCAUGGAUCAACAGCUAGCAUUUGUGUAA